AUGUUUGCAUUGACGCGGGUCGUCCCCGCUGUUGCUCCCCGGUCUCCAGUGUGGAUUUACAUACCCUGAUUUCCGUGGGACUGGGAAGCGAUAGAGGAGGGUGUAGAGUAUUUCAGGAACUGAGGAAACAGCCGCAAACAGCGCAAUUUAACAAAUGUUCAACUUGUAGCCCGGUCUUCGGUUGUCUCGCGCCUCCUAACCGCCGUCGGAGUAACGUUUACGCCACUUUUCGGAGCUUGUUUCGGCUCUGUCCCUGGAUUAUUUUUCUCGUCUUGAGGAAGGCUGCGAGGUUUUCGGAGAAGUCUGGAAGCAGCUUGAGUUGAACCCGGUUUGAAGGGCUGUGGCCAUGGCCGGGGGUGGUGGUGGUGGGGUUUCUCCGUUGGGGCCCGCGCCGCCGAUGUGGUAUCACCGGGACCUGAGUCGAGCGGCGGCCGAGGAGCUGCUGGCCCGGGCCGGGAGAGACGGCAGCUUCCUGGUGCGGGACAGUGAGAGUGUCAACGGGGCUUACGCUUUGUGUGUACUGUAUCAGAAGCAUGUCCACACAUACAGAAUCCUCCCAGACGAUGAAGGAUUUCUGGCUGUACAGACAUCUCAGGGCGUGCAGCCUAAGCGGUUUAAGACGUUACCAGAAUUGGUGUCGCUGUACCUGCAGCCCAGCCAGGGUCUUGUCACCACCCUGCUUUACCCUGUGGAAAGAGAGGAAACAGCUGUCAGCGACGACAGGGACUAUUCAGAUGGGGAGGAUGAGAAGCCACCCCUUCCUCCUCGCUCUGCCUCCACCUCCACCCCCCCUGGUCCAGAGACACCCACAGAGAGUGCUCCAGCAGCUAACGGCCUUAGCACCAUCUCCCACGAGUACCUGAAGGGCAGCUAUGCUCUGGACCUAGAAGCCGUCAAACAGGGAGCCUGCUCCCUGCCUCACCUCAACAAGACACUAGUGGCCUCCUGCAAACGCCUUAAUGGGGAGGUGGAUAAGGUUCUGUCUGGUCUGGAGAUCCUGUCUAAAGUCUUUGAUCAGCAGAGUGCUUUCAUGGUCUCCAAGAUGAUCCAACAGUCGGUGAAUCAGGGUGGAGACCAGGAGCUGGAGAACCUUGUGACCAAGCUGGCAAUCCUCAAAGACCUGCUGUCCUCCAUAGAGAAGAAGGCUCUCAAAGCCCUCCAGGACAUGAGUUUGUCCUCUCCGUGCUCCCUUCCUCCUCUCCCCAUGCGUCACAGCAAAGCCAUCCCUGUGCAGGCCUUCGAGGUAAAGCUAGAUGUUUAUCUGGCAGAGCUGACAAAGAUAGGAAAGAGCCAGAAGUACACUCUGUCAGUGGACGUGGAGGGAGGACGACUGGUGGUGAUGAAGAAGGUGAAGGACAGCCAGGAGGACUGGACCACCUUCACACAUGACAAAAUCCGUCAGCUGAUCAAGUCUCAGCGGGUGCAGAAUAAACUGGGCAUUGUUUUUGAGAAGGAGAAGGACAAGAGCCAGAGGAAAGACUUCAUCUUUGCAAGUGCCAAGAAGCGGGAGGCAUUUUGCCAGCUGCUGCAGCUGAUGAAGAACAAACAUUCCAACCAGGACGAACCAGACAUGAUUUCCAUUUUCAUAGGCACCUGGAAUAUGGGCUCAGUGCCUGCGCCUAAGUCUCAGGCCUCGUGGGUGUUGUGUCGUGGCCUCGGGAAGACGCUAGACGAGAUGACAGUCACCAUCCCUCAUGACCUUUACGUGUUUGGAAGUCAAGAAAACUCUGUGUGUGAUCGGGAGUGGGGGGAGUCACUGCGUGCUGUGUUGAAAGAACAGACAGAACUAGAUUAUAAAACGAUCGCAGUGCAAACUCUGUGGAACAUUAAAAUUGCUGUGUUGGUGAAACCUGAACACGAGAACAGGAUCAGCCACGUGGGAAUGUCCAGUGUCAAGACGGGAAUCGCCAACACGCUGGGUAAUAAAGGAGCUGUGGGUGUGUCCUUUAUGUUCAACGGCACAUCUUUUGGCUUUGUGAACUGUCACUUGACAUCAGGGAAUGAGAAGAUUGCCAGGAGGAACCAGAACUACCUAGAUAUCUUACGCCUGCUGUCUCUAGGAGACAAGCAGCUGAGCUCCUUUGACAUCUCGCUGCGCUUCACACACCUCUUCUGGCUAGGAGACCUCAACUACAGGCUGGAUAUGGACAUACAGGAGAUUUUAAACUACAUUAACAGGAAGGAGUUUGAUCCCCUGCUGAAGGUGGACCAGCUCAAUCUGGAGAGGGAGAAGAACAAAGUCUUUCUACGCUUUGCGGAAGAAGAGAUCUCAUUCCCACCUACCUACCGUUAUGAACGUGGCUCAAGGGACACAUAUGUGUGGCAGAAGCAGAAGGCCACGGGGAUGAGGACGAAUGUUCCAUCGUGGUGUGACAGGAUCUUGUGGAAGUCAUACCCAGAAACACACAUUGUCUGCAACUCCUAUGGCUGUACAGAUGAUAUCGUGACCAGUGAUCAUUCCCCUGUGUUUGCUACCUUCGAAGUGGGUGUGACCUCCCAGUUUGUCUCCAAGAAAGGUCUGCCAAAGUCCUCAGAGCAGGCCUACAUUGAGUUCGAGAGCAUUGAGGCCAUAGUGAAGACGGCGAGCAGAACCAAGUUCUUCAUUGAAUUCUACUCCACUUGUCUGGAAGAGUUUAAGAAGAGUUACGAGAACGACAGUCAGAGCAGCGACAACGUCAACUUCCUGCGUGUGGGCUGGUCCAACAAGCAGCUAACAACGCUCAAACCUCUUCUGUCAGAGAUCGAGUACCUGCAGGACCAACAUCUGCUGCUAACAGUGAAGUCACUGGAUGGAUAUGAGUCCUACGGAGAGUGUGUGUUGGCUCUGAAGUCUAUGAUUGGCAGCACAGCACAGCAGUUCCACACCUACCUGUCCCACCGUGGCGAGGAAACAGGAAAUAUCAGGGGGUCCAUGAGGGUCAGAGUCCCCGCCGAAAGGAUGGGAACCAGGGAGAGACUCUACGAGUGGAUCAGUGUGGACAAGGACGAGACAGGUGGACCAAAAGGGAAAUCCACUUUGGUAACCAGAGUGGGACAUGAAUACGUCAAGCCAUCUGUGGUUCGUAAACAGCUUGGAGAGCUGGGAAAGGUCAGUGAGGAGGGAGAGAGGAGCGGCAAGGAGGAAAACGCUGCGAGACCUAAACAGGACGCACCAGACGGUGAUUCAUCCAUCUGCAAGAACAGCUACAAUAAUCCCGCCUACUACAUCCUGGAGGGUGUUCCCAACCAGUCGGCAGCUGCACUUUCACCUGAGCUUCUCCCAUCUCCUACCUCUGCAAAUCCCCCGGCAGCUAAAGCCCCUCCUCCAUCAGCUGGAGCUCGAACCAAACCCCCUUUUGUGCCAUCAGGGCCCUCUCACCCACGUAGACCCAUGACAGGACACCCAGUCCGCGCUAUUAGCGAGGAGGGUUCCUCAGAGGACGAUGGAGGUGCCUGUGUAGCAGGGGCUCAGGGAGGUGGUGUCGCAACAACGGUUGGAAGCACACUGAAUCGACCCCCUCCUGACUUCCCCCCUCCUCCUCUCCCCAAGGGAGCACUGGAGAUGGUUGCAGAGGCCCCCUUCCCCAAACCUCGCCCCCUGUACCCAGACCUGACUGAGGUCAGGAUCCCAGCAGCCAGCCCUGCUGCCCCGCUGGCCCUUGGAGAGGGUUUUAGACGAGGAGGAGUAGGUGGAGGAGGAGGAGGGGGAGGGGGAGGAGGAGGAGGACCAGGGGCAUUGGAUGAUCAGUCGUGCUCUGUGCUCCAGAUGGCAAAGACACUGAGUGAGAGUGAGUUUCCUGGGCAGCCUCCACGUGCUCCGUCUGCGCCGCCUCUUAGAGGGCAGCCGAUGGGUUUGGGUUUGGAGGCCUGCCGCACCUUCCCACCCAGAAAUGCCAUCACAGAGAGUAUUGCAGAGGACAUGCCUGAGGAGGCACUUUGGGGCAGCAGUAGUUCAUCUUUGUCUGUCGGGGAGUCCUCAGUGGGGGAGUGGCUUCAGAGAUUGGGACUGGAGAGAUAUGAGCAGGGACUUCUACACAACGGCUGGGAUGACCUGGAGUUCCUCAGUGACAUCACCGAGGAGGACCUGGAGGAGGCAGGAGUGCUCGACCCUGCCCACAAGCGGAUACUGCUGGAGAGCCUCAGGCAGCAGCAGCAGCAGCAGCAGCAGCAGCAGCAGCAACAGAAAUAAACUGUUUGAAACUGGUCUACGACUGGUCCAAACUGGCCCGGCACCACACCGUGUCCCAAGAGGCCAAAUCUCAGCUGAACUGAACUGAACCGAGCUGGAACGUGCCAAUUGAUGCCAGACUGUGCCUUCUGAGAGAAAUUGCACUUCAUUUGUACUUUCAAGAAAAAAAAAACACUUGUAGAACCACCAUUGUUUUUCACAUGUACUGUAUGUGUGUUGUUGUUGUCGUAGAGGUGGCCUUAUUUAAUGAGAAUCAUUUCAGUCCUUUUUAGCGUCACUACAUAACCCUCGGCUUGACACCUAGUGAGAAGAUGCAGGAUGAGAUAACAUUAUUUGUCCUGGCCAGACAGAAUUGGAGAUAAGACUCACGUGAAGAGCAGCUGAUGCCUUCACCUCUGACCUGCAGCUUCAAGCGAGUGGUGAAGCUUGUUUUCCUUUCUUUGCCCUGAGAAACCUUAACUGAGGUGAGAUAGAGUUUGAGAUUCCUCAGAUACGGGGAAUGCAGACUGUCGAGUUUAAAGCUAACUGAGAAGAGGGCUUUUUUUGUGGGAAACCAGAGCCUGAAAAGCAGUUCAGACACUUUUAACAACAAUGUGUACUUCUCUGAGUCUCAGGUUUUUCCCCCACUAAUGGUCACAUGUGGGGAAACAAUUUGGGAAUUGUUAGAGAGCACUCAAGGGUAAUUUCAGCCCACAGCUCAGGCAGAGGAACGCCCUUGCUUCUGUGAUGGAGGCGGAGAGGAAGUGGUGAGACAGGAGUGGAGCUAGUCCUGACUCAAGUCAGGCCAAAGUGAGAUCAACUCGCAUUUCUCAAAUUUUGUACUUUCGUGAUGAUGUUUCGGCCACUGUUUUUUAAAAUGGUGGCGUUUAUUGUCUCAGAGUCUCUGCAUGUAUUUAUGGUUUUAUGUUUUUUGUUUUUUUUAAUGAUAAAGGGAAUAUGGAGCAAACCAACCAAACCGGUCCCAGUGGAGCUAAAAGUGCAUAUUUCACCGUGGCACAACAUUUAAUCACCACAGCACCCCUGAUGUCUGAUUUGUUCACACUCAACACUGAGAUUUUAGAUUUUUUUUUCUGACACUUGCAGAUUGUGACAAGUUGAUUACAUUAUUAGAAACUGAGAAUGUUUUUUUCCCCAGAAAUCUGGAAGUAAUUUCAAGAUAUACCACACAGGAUUCUCCUUGAGAACAAUGUGUAGACUCAUAUAGAAGUAAUCCCUCACAAUUAUCAGAAGUGUGUGGCGGUGUGUUUAUCUGCCUGUGUUUUCUUAUUUUCUGUGCCCAAGAUGUUUAUAGUCAUUUACCCCUUAGUGGUCAGGUGAGGUCAGGGCUUUAUGAAUGUAGUGACCAGGUGCCAGACUGUAAGCAGUAGGCAUCAAAGAAGCACAGCGCAGUAAAAACACAUAUAGCGAGGCAAAACACCAAAUGAGAGUGCAUCUGGGGUCAGCUUUUACUUUCAUUUCUGCUGACCAGCAUUUUUACUGUCCUGCGUAGUAUACCUUUAAACACUGACAAGUGGCAAAUGCAUCAUUCGGAUUCUUUGCACAAUCUGUGUUUGGUUCAUUGGUCGAGAAAAUCUACUAGAUUAAGGCAGUAAAAUCAGCGAACAUGUGGUAAUAAAUGCUGUACCAAAGUGAAAUGUCACCCUGAAGGUUUUACCCAGCACACAUUUCUCAUACUCACACUUAAAUUGUCUGAGAGGAAAUUUAAUUUCAAUUAAGAGAAGAAGGCAAAUCUUAUUUUAGCAUCUUAUGACCCAGGUUUGAUGGGCUUUAUGUCACAUCACUCAUUUCAUUUUAUGGUAACCAAAUAGAUUAACGAAUGAUUAUCCCACUGGAGAUUUACUAAGCCAUCAUAUUGUCAUUGUCUCGGAGAAACCAUUUGUCACCAAAACAUUUUUUUCUGUAAUAGAGAUUUUUCUUACAUUGAUUUUAUUUGGUUCUUGUGUUAAAUUACAAGAGACACAGUCUAGUUUUUGGAUUACACAUGGGAGGAAAUGUCACCUGUCAUGAUAGAUUCAACACAGAAAAGUCAGGUUCCAGCAGGACAUGGUUUGGGUGAUGUUGUUGUUCCCUGAUGUAACCAGCAGGUGGUGCUGCUACUCCAUUAACCUCAUCAGUAGAUGCUGAUUGUGUAAACUUUGGGGAAAUAAGACAAAACCAAGCCAUGUCCAGUGAAAGGAAUUGUUUGUUGAUAUGUUGUUCUUGAGCGGAUAGAAGUCAUAGAGUUGACUCACCUGUUAGUGUUAGACUGCCUUUGUAUGUUCUUAAUUUAAAUCCUGCCUCCUCUUCUGCCAGCGAGACUAGAAGCCAAGCCAAUAAACCAGUUUAUAGUUGUUUUAAGAGAUGAUGUGUCCUUUAAAGUAGAACUCUAAACUCAAUGUGUCGUUGCAUAGUCGGGACUCAAUAUGUGAUUGUAGCAGUUUCAUUGUUUGUGUAAUUUUCAUCGUGACCCCAAAACAUCCGUGUGUUAUGUUGCUCACGUUCAACAUUAGAUUCAGCACUUGCCUGUGUUAUGUGUUGUACAAUUUGUCUAAUUUUUUUAACAGCCAAACAAUUGCAGAGAAUGUGGAUCUGCCGUUCAGACGUGUCAAAUCUGAUGUCUUUUUAAGCAUUUUUUUGGCCUCUCAGUGUUCUCACCUGUGUGUGUGAGUGUGAGUGUGAGUGUGUGUGUGUGUGUGUGUGUGUGCGUGUGCGUGUGUGUGUUUGUAUUUUUGUGCAUGAGUGGAAAAAUGAUGCCAUUUCUCUGACACACUCCAUUUUAUCUUGUUCCUUAAUGUAGUCGCCUCUUUUUGGUUAUGUUAAGUUAAUGUAAGUUUGCUCAUGUAUUUUUUUUUUCAAUUAAAAUCUAAUAUCUUUCCUUAUUUUCUA